AUGACAUCAAUAGAAGAGGAACUCAAGCAGACGCUAGCUUCUCUAUCGGAGCUAUCAGAUCUCAAAACACCGGUGCUGGAAGACGACGAAGCUGCAACGGCAGAAGCAACCUCAUCAGCCCUCCGACUGCUCUCCGCAUCCACACCGCUAUUUGCAGCUCUCAAAAGAGUCAAUCGACGCAUCUACAAAGAUCUGUCCGUUCAGAAGGCACGCGUAGCUGAAGAACGUGCCAAAGUCGACACUGCUCGUCUCAGCCUGCAGAAUCUCAAGUAUGAAGAGAGCAUGCUGGAUCUCGAGGUGAAAGUUUGUCAGGAGUUUCAGUCCAUCUUUCAGGACAUCGAGCUGCAUGACUUGCAAGAGUUUCAACAGCUUCGCUCCACCUCCGCAGCAGCAGUACUGAAGACGGAGGAACAAGAUGCGGAUGCGGAAGCAAAAGACGAAGCGAUGGAGGAUGGCGAGGAGAACCUUACAGACGAACACAAACUCAUGCUGACACGAUUACGAUUCGAGCUGCAGGAGCGCAAACGGCUCGAAGCGCGAAAACAGACGUUGCAGCAAGACAAGACCGAAGUGGUCAAGGAGAACAAGGAGAAGAAAUCGAAUCUGGAACAGAUCGAGAAGGACUUGAAGGAUGUUCUAGUUGCUGCAGAGGCCAUUAAGGCUAAGUUUGAGAGCUUUUGA